GCAGAGUAGAGAUGUGUGGAGCUGCGUCUCUGAAUUGCGCAAUUUUUGUAUUUUUUCUGCUAUGGCAGGGCACUAAAUCUCAGUUUUUAGAGCCAGAUUGCGGCCUCACAGGCAUUACCAAUAAAAUAACAUUUGGCCAGGAUGCAGUUCAUGGCAGCAAUCCUUGGAUGGCAUUCAUUUACAGAACCGUAAAUCAAAGUACAACUGAGUUUGUCUGUGGCGGAACUCUAAUCCACAAACAACUGGUUUUGACAGCUGCCCACUGCAUUGUAAACGACGAAAUCCUGGCUGUGCGUCUGGGAGCAUUCUACUCCAAGGACAGUAUUAGUACAUCCAUGGACUACGCUGUGAAUAAGGCGUUUCGGAACAAACUCUACAACUGGACACAACAGUAUCACGAUAUCGGUAUAUUAAUGCUGGAGCCAGAUGUCCAAUUCACUGCUUACAUCAGACCCAUUUGCAUCAUCACGGAUCCCACCAAUGUGCCCAGUGUGAGAACCUUCAAAGCUGUUGGUUGGGGAAGAACGGAACAUGAGAAAACGGCAAGGGUUUUGCAGAUAUUAGAGCUUAGCGAACUGGACCCAUCUGAAUGCAAUAACGCGUUGUGGACUAGGAUAAAUGAGAGCCAGAUUUGCGCUGGUCACAGCAUCGGUGACACCUGCGUUGGGGAUUCAGGAGGUCCACUGGUUCACCCGCUUUACAUGGACGGAAAAGUGCGGUACGUUCAGCUCGGAAUCGUCAGUUUCGGAAGCGCGGAAUGCCGCAGUCCAGGAGUCUACACCCGGGUAUCCAGCUAUAUCGACUGGAUACUAAAGGUCGUUAAUAACUACACGUUUCCAAAAAUUGAAUUUCGAAGAAUGCCUAACAUAACAUAAAAUUAAAACCAAAUUUAAAAUUAAAAAAGCAGUUAAGCAGUUAU